UAUGAGGAAAAUCUGAGAAUUUGAAGCUCAUCAAAUAAAGGAUUCUCAAUAAACCAGCUGUCUGUUUACUGAUUGACGUUAAACACUAGCGGCCUUUGUCAUCGUGGGUCACUUAUUUAUUGAGUGUCGUUAGGAAUCAAGACAAACUACACAACAUGUCUUCAAGCUUAACGGCUGCCUUGCAGGAAUGGGAGAGCCUUGAUAAAGAGUUUCGGAAGAUUCAGGAAACUCAACGGAUUUACAUGCAGAAGCUGGAUGAAAUCUCCAAGCUUCAGCAGAAUUUCACAACCUCCAUAACUCAACACAAAAAGAAUCUACAGGAUUUAUCCAAAUCUUUGGACAAGUGCAAGAAAGGGCUUACCGAAGAUGAGACCAAAACAUUAGAGGGAAUAAAAUCACAGAUUCGAGAGAGACCAAACAAUUUCUCCGAAAUGGAGGCUUUCCUUCCAAAGAAAAAUGGACUGUAUCUCAGACUUGUUCUUGGAAAUGUAAACGUAAAUCUGCUGAGCAAGCAAUCAAAAUCAGCCUACAAAGAUGAAUAUGAAAAAUUCAAGCUCUAUGUCACUAUUACCCUCUUUCUGAUGGCCUUCCUGUGUCUGUUUUUUGUAAGUUCCAGACUAUUCGAUGCACUCCUGAACUUCCUUCUGGUCUGGUACUAUUGCACCCUGACAAUCCGAGAGAGCAUCCUUAUCAGCAAUGGAUCCAGAAUCAAAGGCUGGUGGGUCUUCCACCACUACGUCUCGACCGUUCUGUCUGGAGUCAUGCUGACGUGGCCUGAUGGUGAACAGUACCAGCUUUUCAGGAACCAGUUCCUCACAUACUGCUUAUAUCAGAAUUUUGUACAGUUUCUUCAGUACUACUAUCAAAAUGGAUGUCUGUACAGACUCAAAGCUCUGGGAGAAAGACGUAACCUGGACCUGACUGUAGAGGGAUUUCAGUCUUGGAUGUGGCGAGGGCUGACCUUCUUGCUUCCCUUUCUGUUCUUUGGUCAAUUCUGGCAGCUUUACAAUAGUGUCACUCUGUUCAGAAUGGCCCAGGUCACAGAGAAAAAGGAGUGGCAGAUGUCCAUGUGUGGGCUCUCCUUCCUGGUUCUGUUCCUUGGCAACUUCCUUACCACUCUUGCUGUGGUUCGACACAAAUUAAAGAGCCAGACACAAGGAAAGCCCAAAACUCCUUAAAGAGAGACAUGAUAACUUCAGACUGGCUAUUAACCGUUCUAUACCCAAUAUAAUGUCAAUGCACUUACUAUCAUAUGAUAUGAUAUUGUAAAGUGAUCAUUUUGUUUUUGAUUACAAUUUUCCAAAACUGUAAGACUUUCAGAACUGUUUUAGCCACAAUGCUUUCUCUUUACAUUGCUGUGAAACAAGAUGCACUGAUCUUUUGUUCAAUUAUUUAUAUUUACGCUAUGCUGUAGUACUCCUUGUCAUACAUUGUAACGACA